AUGGAGGACCAAGUGCACAAGCCGCAUCGCAAGUCCAAGGACAAGAAGGAAAAGAAACAGCAUACUGGAGAGCGCAAUCCAAAAGCCUUUUCCUUUGCUAACCCAGGCAAGCUUCAGAGACAAGCAGCAAGAUCGCAAGAUAUCAAAGAAAAGCGCCUUCAUGUCCCGCUCGUCGACCGAUUGCCCGAUGAGGCCCCGCCUCGCCUCGUCACCAUCGUUGGCCCCCCCGGUGUAGGAAAGACGACUUUGAUGAAGUCUCUCAUUCGAAGAUAUGCAAAGGAAACGAUAUCAGACCCUCAGGGUCCCGUCACAGUCGUUACGUCCAAGAAGCAGCGUCUAACUUUCGUCGAGUGCCCCAAUGAGCUCGAGGCUAUGGUCGAUAUCGCAAAGGUUGCCGACAUUGUUCUCCUGAUGAUUGAUGGAAACUAUGGGUUUGAGAUGGAGACCAUGGAGUUUCUCAACACUCUCGCCGCUACCGGUAUGCCCGGUAAUGUCUUUGGUAUUCUGACCCAUCUCGAUCUCUUCCGCAAACCGCAGGCGCUCAAGGACGCUAAGAAGAGGCUCAAGAGACGACUUUGGACCGAGUUGUACCAGGGAGCUCAUCUCUUCUACCUUUCUGGCGUCAUGAAUGGCCGAUAUCCUGACCGCGAGAUCCACAACUUAUCGCGUUUCCUCUCCGUUAUGAAGAACCCUCGCCCUCUCGUCUGGCGCAACUCCCACCCUUACUCUAUCAUCGAUAGUUUCCGAGACAUCACACAUCCUACCAAGAUCGAAGAAGACCCCAAUUGCGACCGAUCAAUUGUGCUAUCCGGUUAUCUACGAGGCACAAAUUUUGCUUCACAAGACCAACGAGUCCAUGUUCCUGGUCUAGGAGAUUUUACAGUGUCCAAUAUGGAGGUGAUGCCAGAUCCUUGCCCAACGCCAAACAUGGAAACGGCAAUGGCAAAGAUCACGGGAAAGACUGGAAGAAGGCGACUUGACGAGAAGGAGAAAAAGCUUCAUGCGCCUAUGUCAGAUCGCAGCGGCCUGAAGAUCGAUGGUGACGCUAUCUGGAUUACUAGCGACAAAGGUUUCAGCUUCGAUAGAGAAGAGGACGAGGCUGACAGAGGUGAGGGUGAAGAGAUGAUUGUUGGUCUUCAGGCUGAGAGAAAACUUCUUGGCCAAAUGGAAGGCGGGGUACAACUUUUCAAGGGCGGAGAGAAGGUCGAAGCAGUCCCUGAAGAGGAGGAUACAGGAAGAAAAACACAACGAAAGGCUAGGUUCGCACAUCAAGAAGAAGGCGAUGAGCAAAAUUAUGAGGAUGAUGAGGAUCUCGGCAGUGGCGAAGAGGAUGUUGACUCAGAUGCUGAAGUCGAAUUUAAUGAGGGCAAACUGGGCAAGAUGUUUCGCAAGGAUGCUGACAAGGACCUUGGCGAAGACGAUCUUGCUUUUGCUGAUAGUGAUUCCGAUCUUGGUUCAUUGUCUGGGGGCGAAGAGGUGGAGGACGAUGAGGAAUAUGAUUCCGAUGAAGAAGCAGCAGCAUUGAGAUGGAAGGACAACUUGAAUGGCACUGCAAUGAAGCUUCACGGCAAACGACGAUCAUACCACACAAGCGAUCUGGCCAGGUUUAUGUACGACGAAUCGCUGAGUCCUGAAGAUGCGUUGAAGCGAUGGAAGGGCGAUGAGGAUGAGUCUGAUGAGGAGAACAUCGAAGAUGAUGAGGAGGACGAUUUCUUCAAAAAGUCCAAGCAAGAGCAGGAAGACACUGUGGAGGAUAGGUCGAUACCUGCCUACGACUACGAGGAUCUGGCCGCAAAGUGGGCAUUGGAGAAGAAUGUCGAAGCUUUACGGCGAAAGUUUACAUCAACAGCUCUUGCUGCAGGCGACGACGAGGACGGUAACGAAGAAGGUAGCGACUUUGAGGGUUUGGAUGAUGAGGAUGAGGGUGACGGUGAAUUUGAGGAUCUUGAAGCCGAAGGCCAAGAAGAGCCAACGGAGCCCGCCCAACCAACGCCCGAAGACAUCGAGGCUGAGCGACAGAAAAACGCUAAGCGGAAGGAAGAGCUAAAGAUGAGAUUCGAAGAGGAAGAUCGUGAGGGCUUCCUGAACGACAAGGCCAACGCCCGACGAGACGGUGGUGAUGUCCAGGAGUUUGGCGAGGAUCAAUGGUAUGAGGCGCAAAAGGCCAUGAUCCAGAAGCAGCUCGACAUCAACAAGGAGGAGUUUGAGAACCUUGACGAGCGUCAGCGCUCCGUUGUCGAAGGCUGCCGCGCUGGCAAAUACGCAAAGAUCGUCCUUGAGGGCGUUCCCGCUGAGUUCGUCAAGCUCUUCGACGCUCGCCGUCCUAUCGUUGUUGGUGGCCUCUCUGCCACUGAAGACCGCUUUGGCUAUCUCCAGGUUCGCAUCAAGCGUCACCGAUGGCACAAACGUAUCCUCAAGACAAACGAUCCUCUCAUCUUCUCUCUUGGCUGGCGUCGUUUCCAGACCAUGCCCAUUUACAGUACUACCGACUCGCGGACACGUAACCGCAUGCUCAAGUAUACACCUGAGCAUAUGCACUGUUUCGCUACCAUUUACGGUCCGUUGAUUGCGCCAAACACAGGUUUCGUCUGCUUCAAUUCCAUGUCGGGUUCGAUGCCUGGCUUCCGUAUUGCUGCUACCGGCACAAUCCUAAGCGUUGACGAAUCCACCGAGAUCGUCAAGAAACUCAAGCUCACUGGUACACCUGCCAAGAUCUACAAGAAUACUGCCUUCAUCAAGGAUAUGUUUAACACAUCUCUUGAGAUCGCCAAGUUCGAGGGCGCUUCUAUCAAGACGGUUUCUGGUAUCCGCGGUCAAAUCAAGCGCGCUCUGUCCAAACCGGAGGGUCAGUUCCGUGCCACGUUCGAAGACAAGAUCCUCCUCAGUGACAUCGUCUUCCUGCGAGCAUGGUACCCCAUCAAGCCUCACCGCUUCUAUAACCCUGUCACCAAUCUGAUCGGCUGGCAACCCAUGCGUCUGACAGGCGAAGUCCGUCGCGAUCAGAACGUUCCUACUCCCCAGCCCAAGAACAGCCAGUACCGUCAAAUCGAGCGUCAGACUCGUCACUUCAACCCCCUUCGAGUUCCUCGCGCCCUUGCUGCUGAGCUUCCCUUCAAGUCCCAGAUUGUUGAGACCAAGAAACAGAAGAAGGAGACAUACAUGAAGAAGCGCGCUAUCGUCAUGGCUCCUGGCUCUGAAGAGAAGAAGGCACGUGCUCUUAUGCAGCAGCUACUCACUAUUCGCAAUGAUGCUGCUGCUAAGCGUCGCGCUGCAAAGGACAAGAACCGUGCUGCCUUCCAGAAGAAGCUGGCCGAGAACGAGGAGAAGAAGGAAGCUCGCGAAAAGCGUGAGUCCAAGGAUUUUUGGCGCAAGAAUGGUCGCAAGCGUGCUGCUGCCGAGGACGGAGGUGGUGGCAAGCGCAGGAAAUAA